AUGAAUACACUUCGACGGUUAGCCAACACUACAGAUCCUUUACAAGAGUUUUACAAAGGUGCUAUGGCUCAAGAAAUGGCUUCGGAGUUCCAGCGUUACGGGGGUAUUUUGACAAAAGAGGAUUUUGCCUCCUAUCAGUCAUUGGUAGUUCCUUCAUCCGAUGUCAUCUACACCAAUCUUAGGAACGGCCGAGUAAUCUGUGGUCCUCCACCUCCUUCUGCUUCUGCAGUAACACAGGCCAUCUUGAGUGUUAUGGAUGGCUACAAAUACAACAUGAAGAAGGCUGAUGACAUCAGUCUUCUUUACCAUCAUUUCAUUGAAUCCUCAAAGUUCGCAUAUGCUGCUCGUAGUUGGCUCGGGGACCCAGCGUUUGUUCACAAUGCAACUGACACAGCGCGCAAUAUAACGACCAAGGAAUGGGCGGAAUGGGUGAGGCACUGUUUCAGGUCUUUGAUAACUGAAGAAGCACAUUCGGAUGAUUACUAUGGUGGUUCUUUUCUGACACCCCCUCAAGAUCAUGGCACGACUCACAUCUCCGUGAUUGAUAGCCAAGGAAAUGCCGUGGCGGUCACUUCAACUAUAAAUCUUUACCUUGGUGCAGCAGUGACUUCACCUUCGACAGGAAUACUUUGGAAUGAUGAGAUGGAUGACUUUUCCUCACCCGGUCGUCCCAACUUUUUUGGAUUUCCGCCCUCGCCUGCGAACUUUAUACGACCUGGAAAAAGGCCGAUGAGCAGUCAGAGUCCCAUUAUCAUCUUUGAUACAAAUCCUGAUAAGAAAGGGGCACAAGUUUUGGCUGUUGGCGGAGCUGGUGGCUCCACGAUCAUCAGUGGUGUAGCUGGAGUUGCUUUCCACAAUCUUUGGCUAAAAGCAAAUGUGAAACAGGCUAUUGAUGCACCUCGCCUCCAUAACCAACUUUACCCAAAUGUUACUCAAUAUGAGUCAAACUUCCCAAAGGAGUAUAUAGCUGAAUUAUCUGCACGUGGCCACAACAUGCAAAAAGCAAACAAUCUCACAGUGGUGACUGCUGUCGAAAAAGCUCCUGAUGGGCAGAUUUAUGCGAACAGUGAUUUUCGGAAAGGUGAAGAAAGUGCACCUGCUGGCUAUUAA